AUGAAGCUAUCCACGACGACCUUGGCCCUCGCGGCCCUGGCGUCGGAAGCCGUCUCGCAAAAGGUCAUCUCAGCCAACUUCCACAAGAUCCAGCUCCCCGUAGACCUGGUUCAAAUCACCCGCCGCGACACCCUCACCCUCGCGGCGCUCAACAACAUCACGGGCGGCGGGUACUACUCAGAAGUCGAGAUCGGCACCCCGGGACAGAAGGCGCUGCUGCACGUCGACACGGGCAGCAGCGACACGUGGAUCGUCGACAAGCAGGCCGACCUCUGCACGAGCACGAAGCUGCAGCGCCAGUACGAGACGGGGUGUACCGAGACAUACAACUCGACGGCGAGCUCGACGUACAAGGUCGUCGGUCAGAACGGGUUUGAUAUCACGUACCUUGACGGCAAGAACAUCAAGGGAGACUACAUCUCGGAUGUCGUCAGCAUCAAUGGGAAGACAGUCAAGGACCAGCAGCUUGGUCUGGCGAUUCAGACGGUCAAGGGCACGGGGUUGAUUGGUCUGGGGUUCUCACAGACUGUGGCGACGAAGCGCAAGUAUCCUACCAUUCUCGACAACAUGGUUACGCAAGGUGUCAUAGGCAGGAAAGCCUUCAGUAUAUGGCUGAAUGAUCUUUCGUCGUCUGAGGGAACAUUACUGUUCGGCGGCAUUGACACGGAGAAAUACAUCGGCUCGCUCACCACGCUCCCGCUCGUCAACGACCACCAUUCGGGUAACAUGACAAGCUACAGCAUAUCCAUGACCGGCGUCGAAAUCGAAACACCAGACGGCAAGACGGUCAACAUGGCCGGGGACAGCUUCAACGCCGCGACCGUCCUCGACUCUGGGUCGACGAUAUGUCUUCUCCCAGAGCAAAUGGCAAAAGCCAUCUGGGUCAAAUACGACGUCGUCGACGCCGGGUACGGCUUUAUCGAUUGCAAGUGGCGAGGCCCCCAAGGCGAGGGAAUCUUUUUCGACUUUGCUUUCGCCGGCGUCAAGAUUCGCGUCCCGAUGGAGGAGAUGGUCCUGGAUAACCUUGACCCCAUCAUGGACCAGCUCAAGGGCCUCACCCCCUUCGACAAGCCCUGCAUGUUUGGCAUACAAAACAGCGCCACGUUCGACGUCAACAGCACAGAGUUUGCGCUGCUGGGCGACACGUUCCUACGCAGCGCGUAUGUCGUCUACGAUGAGGCGAACCACCAGGUCGGCAUCGCCCAGUCGAACCUCAACGCGACCCGGACCAAUGUGAUUGAGCUCCGGGCGGGCGAGACUACCUUGCCGACGGCCACGGGUGUGGCGAGCCAAGCUAGUACGCCGGCGCCGACGUCGACGAGGGCCGGGACGGGGACGAUGACGAGGACGGCGGCUGCUGGGAUGGAUACGUCGGUAGCGUCGGCAGGCGCUUCGACGCCGUCUUCGAGCGAGUCACCGAAUGCCGCGUCACAUCCUGGGCUGGUGGCCUCGGAAACGGACGGCUUUUUGGUAAUGGUGCUCAUGUCUGUCUUUGCUGUCGUUGGUGCGGCGCUGAUGGCGGGUUAA